AUGACAAUCCCUAAUACCGUCCGCAUCGUCGAAGUCGGCCCCCGCGACGGCCUCCAGAACAUCCAAGACCAGAUCCCCACCGAAACCAAACUCGAGCUCAUCCGCCGCCUCCAAGCCACCGGUCUGCGCUCCAUCGAGCUCACCUCGGCCGUCUCGCCCCGCGCCAUCCCCCAGCUCGCCGACUGCCGCACCAUCCUCGACGACCCGCACAUCCGCCAGAUGCAGCACGACGCCGGCCUCCGGCUACCCGUGCUCGUGCCCAACCUCAAGGGGCUCGAGACCGCACUCGCACACGGGGCCACCGAGGUCGCCGUGGUCGUCAGCGCCACGGAGGGCUUCAGCCAGGCGAACAUCAAGUGCUCCGUGGCGGAGGGGCUGGAGCGGGCGCGCAACGUGGCCGAGAAGGCGCGCGACGCUGGACUUGCUGUUCGGGGGUACGUCUCGUGCAUCUUCGCGGACCCCGUGGACGGGCGCACGGACCGCGCGGCCGUGCGGCGCUGCACGCGCGAGCUGCUCGCCAUGGGCUGCUACGAGGUGAGUCUGGGGGAUACGCUGGGGGUCGGGGAGGCGGAGCAGGUGCGCGGGCUGAUCGCGGACCUGUGCGCGGGCGGCAUCCCCGUCGAGCGGCUGGCGGGCCAUUUCCACGACACGUACGGGCAGGCGGUGGGGAAUGUGUGGGCGGCGUAUGGGUGCGGGGUGCGGGUGUUCGACAGCAGCGUGGGCGGGCUGGGCGGGUGUCCGUAUGCGCCGGGCGCGAAGGGGAACGCGGCCACGGAGGAUCUGGUGGAUCUGUUUGAGAGCGCGGGCGUGUAUACCGGGGUGGACCUGGGGAAGGUGGUGGAGACCGGGGUGUGGAUUUCGCGGCGGCUGGCGAGGGGGAUGGCGAGUCGGGUUGGGGCGGCGCUGGCGGUGCAGCAUGGGUUGCUUGCGCGGGGCCAGCCCGGGGGAGAUGGGGGUCUUUGGACGUCUGCGGAUGCGCAGGCUGUUGAGAUUCAACGGUGGUUUGAUGGGAUGGGCGUGGAAGUGGAGGAGUCGCAUGGAGUCAGCGCGUUCUAG